AUGGUUUACAAAUUAAGUAACAUCUAUGUUAUUACAGCUUUCCUAGUCAUUGGAGGCUUGCUACAGGGAUUUGACAUAUCAUCUCUUUCCGCGAUCCUCAGUACCAAACCAUUCAAAGAGGAGUUUGACAGUCCAACAGCCGAUCAACAAGGCGGCAUUACCGCAAGUAUCUCUGGUGGAUCAUUUUUAGGAUGCCUGGUGAACAUUUUUGUUGUCGAUAGGUUUGGCCGAAGGCGUACCUUGAUGGCAGGAUGCGUUAUCUUUGUCAUCGGCGCCAUAAUAUGUGCUGCCAGUGUUGACAUUGCAAUGUUGAUAGUGGGCAGGCUGCUGUGUGGUGGAGCGGUUGGACUGUUCACUUCCACUGCGCCGCUAUUCCUUGCGGAGCUGUCGCGCCCUGAGAUAAGAGGCCGCAUUCUUAGCUUUCAACAAUGGAGCAUUACUUGGGGGGGCCUCAUCAUGUAUUACAUCACCUUCGGGGCGUCUUACAGCAAGACAGACGUCGCAUUUCGAGUUCCAUGGGCAGUGCAAAUGUUCCCUGCUCUUGUAAUGCUAACUGCUUUAUUCUUCAUCCCGGAGUCCCCUCGCUGGCUUGCUUCCCAAGAUCGAUGGGAAGAAGCGCUCGAAGUGCUUGCUAGCAUUCAUGGAAAUGGAGAUCAUUUAGCUCCCAUUGUGCAAGCUCAAUAUGCGGAAAUAAGAGAGUCUAUGGCUAUUUCAGAGUCGCAAGGUAAGGUAAAGUGGGCAGAGCUGAUCCAUCGCGACAAUAUACAUCGUAUCUCGAACGGUAUUUUUGUCCAUAUCUGGACUCAAUUAAGCGGCAACAAUGCUCUGUUGUACUACAUUGUGUACAUAUUCCAGAUGGCUGGCCUUACGGGCAAUGUCAAGCUCAUUGCAUCGAGUGUUCAGUACAUCAUCAAUGUAGUCUUUACGCUACCGGCGAUUCUCUUUCUCGACCGCAUUGGCCGACGCCCCGCGCUCAUUGGAGGAGCAUUCUUCAUGAUGAUCUGGCUGUACUCGACUGCCGGUGUCAUGGCCCGAUAUGGACACUAUGUCCCUGGUGGAUUCGACGGAUCAAGCGCCGUCACAUGGACAAUGAAUGACGAUUCCAAAUCCGCCAAAGCUGCAAUAAUUGCCUUUACAUACCUUCUUGUUGCGACUUACAGCUUUACGUGGGCCCCCAUUUCAUGGUGCUAUCCAUCUGAAAUCUACCCUAUACGUCUGAGAGGCAAAGCUGUGUCUAUUGCAACGUCCGCUAAUUGGAUCUUGGGAUUUGCCAAUAAUUACUAUACACCACCAGCCUUUCAGAAUAUCCAAUGGAAGACAUUUAUUAUCUUUGGAACAUUUAAUGUGGUAGCAUGCUUGCAUGCCUACUUCUUUUUUCCUGAAACAAAGCGAAGAAGUCUUGAAGGUAAAUGA